AUGCCAGUCACUGCUGACUCUCAGCACUAUGCCUCUUACUCUUCCACUCAGCAAUCACCAGAUUAUGGAAAUACAGGUUACAACCGAAGAGCAGACCCCGCCACCAUACAGCACUACCCCAGCGAGUACGACAAAGCACACGAACAAGCUGGUCCUAGCCAUGUAGUGGAGCAUGCUCAAAGUCCUAAACGUAGUCCAUCCCUAUUCCGUAGGAUAAGUGCGACGGUAAAAUCCAGGUCUUCACCGUCGAUGUCCACUAUUCGCCAAAAUUUACCACCAGGAGGCUCCGGAAAUGCUUCAAAUGUCCGUGCAGAUCCAAUGUAUGCCGCACCUUCAGCGACGUCCACAUCGCAAUCGUCAGGCUUGCAUAUGAAUCCUGUUUCGCGGUUCAGGAAAGCGCGCAACGCAGCAAAAGAUACUUCUCGGCACGAACGAGACACGAAGACGGAGCGUGUUGUUACGACCGAGGAGUGGCGUGUUUAUGGUCGGACAGGUCAGAGCAAUCCAUCUACACACCCUCCAUCCAGUGCAAAAGGUCAGCACACUUCUGGCCGAUGGCAUGAUGCGAAUCGGCAACACGGAAGAUCGGGAUCGGAGGUCCAAUGGAAUCAAGCAAAUCCGCGACAAGAGUGUCCUCAGUCAAACACACCGCUUGCACGGAGUAAUACAGUUGGGACAUCAAUGGCUCGAAGCCGAACAGAAAUGUAUCCGAGGGAGGGAGGAUACUACCGAAAAUAUCAGUACUCGUCUUCUGAACGACAUGAAACUGAAUCCUCAGCCCAAGCAAGACCCGAUAAUCACUCGCGUACUGGGAAUCCUCCGCGUAUGGGAAAAUACGGUGUAUAUGCAAGUCCAAGUACUGCCACGACGCGAAUCCCAAAUCCCUCCCAAGAAAUUUGGCUCCCGCGAAAGGAUGGAGAGAGUGCAGAUCGGACAGCACGCAGAUCGCCAACGACACGAGUCGAAGGCUGGAACGUACAGAUUGCACCAUCUACAGUUUCUUCUGUACCCCUAUCCGGGCAAAACAGACACACAAGAGGAUCAACACAAGCCCGUACUCUAAACACGGAUUCUCCAAGUCUUACAUUUGUAACCGACCACCCUCUUUCGGAAGGAGCAGUGCCGUCACCUCCUGAUGCCUUGGAAGCAGAAAAGGCAAAAGAAUUCGCAAUGAAUUUGGCAAAACGGAUGUCCAUGUUAUUAACGGCAGACGAUGUAGACGUUGACUCAAAUCCUGAUUCCGGAGUAACACGUCCAUCGGACGGUUUACCUACAUCCGUCGACGAUGCUCAGGUGUCCUCCCCUACUACCUCCGGAACAGCUACACCUACACGCCCGGUUGCCCAAGAUGAAUCAGUACACCCCGGUAAUGAACCUGAGAAUUCAUCAACAAGCAAUGCUGAUACAAGUUCACCGUUCGGCACUUUCCUUUCGAAUGCACGUGAAAUGAACAACGCUUUCGUACGAGGGACAGAGUCCAUGUGGGGCAAACUUUUCGGAAAGAACAGAGGAAAGGAGAAGGGGGAAGCGCCCGAGGAAACAAGGGAAGAGUCGGCUUUAGCAGCACAAGAGGCGUCAAAGUCUGAUGUAGAAGAGUCCGAGGUCGAAGGCUCACGCGACAUAAUGCUUUAUUCGCCACUCAUUCCAGAUGCUGAUUCAACUGUCGAGCUGGCUGCAUCUGAGGUAGUGACAUUGUACGGAGAUGGAUCUGACGAUGCUCGAGAACGUGCAUAUCGUGACGAGUUGCGCCGUCGCUGGGCAGAUGGACGUGGCUUUGUUUCGUUUGACGCGUUAUCGACUAUUGAACCAGUGCAAGAAGAAUCAGACGAUUCGGAGGGCACUCAGCCGAAGGCCGAGCAGGAGCAUUCAGCUACUGUAGACAACACUCCCCUGCAGCCUACCAGUGAUGCAGAACAAGCUAGCAAGCAAAGCGAUAGACCACGGCCUAGAGAAAGGGUCGUAUGGGUGCCAUCGCGAACACAGAUCUCAGUUCAGGUGCUUUGGUGGGGAUACCGCAUAUACCUUCCUCCGCCUGUCCUUCAUGUACUUAGCAAUCGGACCAUAGAGACGGCAAAACGCGCGGCUCUAUUAACGGCAGCGCUCACUUGGCUGCUGGAGAAUUUACCGAUUGCAACGCUACCUCCAGUGCUUGCACCAGCUGCUCUCCUGCUUAGAGCGCUCGUGCCACUGCUCGGUAUGAUCGGUGCAUUUAUUUCGUGGGGCUGGAAGGCGACAAUUACGUUUGAUAAGGGAAACGGUGUUGUGUUGAGUGCGACGUGGUUGUUGCCGAUUGUUCUUGUCCCGGGGACAUGGGAGGAUAACGAGGUGCCUCCUACCCCCUCUGGCAUUGGUGCCGAGAGCAUGGCUGCUGGACCGCCGAGACAGGACACUCGAUCCUCGAACGACCUUGCAGGAGUAAGCACCGACCAACGUGCAUCAACGUCAUCAUGA